AUGUCCUCACACGUCGUGGUCAUUGGACCAGGCGCAAGGCGCGCAACAGUCAAGGUAUCGCCGGGCACCUACUUAUCCGACGUCCUGCAGCAGGCGUGCAAGAGCCUCAACCUUCCGAGCGACAAGUAUGUUGCCAAACACAAGGCGAAACAGGUCGAUCUAUCUGUGCCCUUCCGCACCUCUGGCCUCAGCCCUGGGGCCAAACUCGACCUCGUCCUCAAGUCCAACACGCCCUCAGCCAUCCAAGUCGCCCUGCAGCUACCACAGCCCGAAGCCAAGGAUAUCCCCGGCGGUCGGUUAAUAAGGAAGUUUCCCAGUGACUUGACGCUAUGGCAACUCCUACGGCAGUUUGAAAGCGGCGAUGCGAGUGCAGGGAGGAAUAUCAAUAUCACUGCUCGGGGCGUGGCCCAGAUGUCCAACGAGACGGCGACCGCAGGGAGUGGACAGCUAUGCUACGAGACCCCGGUGUUGAACAUUAUGGGAAGGGAGCUGUCAACCUUGGACGAUUUUCAAAAGACGCUCUCGCAACUUGGAUAUAACUCGGGAAGUGUCCUCAUACGACUUACCUACAAAGUAACAGAUCAAACGCUGUACGACACGUUGGAACGCAUUGGACAGUACUUCAAGGAUGUGGAGGAUACGUUACCCAAGCCAACUUCUGCGACAGCGGCAGCAGACACCCCCUCGGUCGAGGCGCCUACAUCAGUACAGACAGUCGAUUCUCCGAUGCCGGACGUUGCGCCCACCAGCCAGGAGCCCAAGCCAACAGCUCCUGAAACGGCGCCAGCGCCGUCCAAGGAAUCGGACGCCAUCGAUGUGCCAGAUCUUGCGUCAAAGGACCCAUUUCAGCCUUCCCAUGUGUAUUUGGCACCGUCAAGCGAUGUCCCGGCUGCCGCCAAGGCACCAGUGCGCGAGGUGGAUUACACGCCGACAAUCGCGCAUGCUCAGUUACACCAAGCUCGUCUACAGGAAAACUCCAGGAACAAGCGUUUGUUGUCAGACAAGGAACUCGAAGAAAAGGCGGCGGCCGAAGAAGCCAAGUUCGCCGCUGUCAAAACUGUCAGUGUCAAGGUCCGUUUCCCAGACAACACCAGCAGUGAAUGGGUGGUUGGUCACGGGGAGACGGGCGGCUUUAUGUAUGAGGCUGUCAGGCAUGUCAUGGCGGACCAGAGCCAGCCUUUCAAGCUCAUCAUCUCGGGUGGACGGACGGUGAUCAGGGAUGACAGCAGCGCGAGCAACAGCCUUAUCAGAGCGUACAAACUGACUGGCAGGACGCUAGUCAACUUGAUCUGGGACGACAGCGUAUCCGCCGAGGUGCGGAAGAAGCCCUUCCUCAAAUCCAGCGUGGCAAGUCAAGGCGAGUCCGUCAAGAUUCCCGAGGUACCUGAUGUAGAGGAGGAAGAACCUGAGGCAGCACAAUUUGUCGAGCCCAAGAGGGAAGAGAAGAGCAAAGGCGAUGGCCUGGGCAAGAAGAUGCCCAAAUGGCUCAAGAUGGGCAAGAAGUAA